GAUUAGUAAACGAUGGCUGAGAAUUCAGAUCAAUUCCAAGCAUCAAACUCGAUUAAACCGAACAACGGUGAAGUUCUUAAAGCCAACACGGCUGGUAAAAGGCUGCAGAAAGAUCUGCAGAAGUUGAUGAUGAGCGCUGUGAAGGGCAUCUCAGCUUUCCCAGAUGGUGAGAACAUUUUCAAGUGGGUGGCGACCAUCUGGGGCCCAGAGGACACUGUCUACACUGGCCACAAGUAUAGACUGCAGCUGGAAUUCGCGGAUUCCUAUCCACUCUCUGCGCCAAAUGUUAAGUUCCUCACGCCGUGCUUCCAUCCCAACAUUGGCCCUGACGGUGUGAUCUGCCUGGACGUUCUGCAGGACAAGUGGUCCGUUCUCUAUGACGUCCAGACGAUUUUGCUCUCCAUACAGUGUCUUCUGGGCGAUCCCAACAUUGAAAGUCCUCUCAACGCGGAAGCUUCAACGCUGUGGACGAAUCGCGUGCAGUACAAGAAGCACCUUGAUGAGUUCUAUGAGAAGAACAGAGACGUUUUCCGUGCCUGA